UGAUUUGAAUGAGUGUAGUCUGGCUGCUGUUGCGGAGAUGCAUUUUUAGCGCGAUGUCUGUUGACCUCUGUUCGACCCCACCGUCUCCCCGACUGGAAGACAUCUCCCGCAGUUCCCCUCCGUCUCCAGCGUGUGGCGCACUUCGACAACUAAGCGCACGUCAGGAGCAGGGGCGCCCUUCCGAGGCGCGCUCCCGCGGCUCGAGCAUCCUCCCAGCCUCCCUGUUUGUGCACGAGCUUACCUCCCGAGGUCAUCAGGCAGGAUUUACGACUGGACAACAAAAGCACGUGAUUCCGAGUCGUACCCCAUAUUUGGGCGCCUACGUAGGAGAGAAUCAAGUCCAUGUCCCCGUCAUUUCCAUAAUUCAUCAUAAAUUGUGCAGGGGUGCUAUAGACGCACAAAGCCAUCAAGACCCACAAAUCAAGCACACAUAUUAUUUUCUCUAAGUAAUCACAACGGCGUAAUUAUUAUCAACAAAUGAGCUCUUAUUUUGUAAACUCGUUCUGCGGUCGCUACCCAAACGGCGCGGACUACCAGUUACAUAACUAUGGAGAUCACAGUUCGGCGACCGAGCAGUACCGGGACACGACCGGCAUGCAUUCCAGCAGGUACGGCUAUGGCUUCAACGGGAUGGAUCUCAGCGUCGGGCGGUCCGCAUCCGAACACUUCGGCGUCACUGAGGGUGCUUCCAGCUACACGCCCGGCGCAACAGCUGCAUCCGCCGAGUCCGGCAGGUACAACCAACCGGCCGCGGCGAACAACUCGCCCCUGCCUGACCCGGCGCCGUGCUCCUCGGUGUGCAGCUCUCCGGUCAGCGAAACGAUCCGCGCCGUUAAAAACUCAAUAUCCAGCCCCACCGCCUCCUCCUCCUCCGGUUCAAACGGCGGCGGCGCGCUGGUGACCGGGGAAGUUGUCCCCGACGCGCAGGUCUCUGGGACGGACAAGCCGGCGGGCAGCGCGCGGACAACUUCGCAGAACCUGAGCGACGGCGUGCAGCCUCAAAUCUACCCCUGGAUGCGCAAACUGCACAUGAGUCACGACAGUAUGACCGGGCCGGAGGGGAAGCGGGCCAGGACCGCCUACACGCGCUACCAGACGCUGGAGUUGGAGAAAGAGUUUCACUUCAAUCGGUACCUGACCCGCCGGCGCAGGAUCGAGAUCGCGCACACCUUGUGUCUCACGGAGCGACAGAUAAAAAUUUGGUUUCAGAAUCGCCGCAUGAAGUGGAAAAAAGACAAUAAGCUCAAAAGCAUGAGUAUGGCCGCCGCGGGAGGCGGCUACCGUCCCUAAAUUGUUGUGCACUUCAAACUAAAAAGUACUGGCGGUGAAAGAGGACUUUCCACCUCCAGUGCGUUUUCAGAGACUCCGCGAGCUCCGCCAGAGCGGGCAGGACGGGCGCUCGCGCCAUUUCCUCUUUCUGACCGCCGGGUAAUAAAGCUUGUGUGAGUAGACCGGCUUUGUGUAAAAUCAUUGUCUGGAGCUUAUUAUUGUAAAACAAACCGAGGUGUAUGUUAACUUAUUUACUGUUCUUUAGAAAAGACAUCGCUUGAAGUUUAAAACCGUAAAAAACGUCUGAAAAGUUAUGUGUUACAAUCUGAGUGAAAAGUGAAGAAAAUGCUUAAUAAAUAAAACUGUCUGUCGGUCAUUUGGAUGUAUGUGCGUAUGUAUGUAUACGUUUAAUGUAGGAUGCUAUUAAACAUGGAACAUAAUAUUGUUUCGUUGCUCUAAGCUGUCAAAGAAACUUUAGUUUCUAUUGUUCUAUGACCAGUAACACUACCUACCUUGUACUGUAAUUGUGUUGUGAAAACGUAAAGGGUCUGCUUUUGACCCGGUCUGUUUUAGCUGUGCCUUUGUAUCUUUAUUUGCACGGAUUUGUGUGAAUUUGCUCUUCUUCCGCCUGAGCUUCUCCUGACGUCCUCUUGCCUGAAUGUUCGGCCUCGUCGUGAUCCGCUUUUGUAAAUGUUUUUAAGACUGACUGGAAAUAAAAGAAUGAUAAUAAACUUUGUACUGGAACGUU